GAGGGGAAGUGGUAGAUGAGGCUGAAGCCUGUGACAGAGUCAGUCACAUUAAGUAUUAUCAGGCUGAACCUCCAAAACCCUACACAACAGAUGAUGGAGCGUUUGAGACAAAGGCAUCAUAUCCUGCUGUUGGUCUGCUUCUGUGUCUGUUUCCUCACAGGUUUGAGUGCAGACAAAGUCGAAUGGAAACAGGUCGGGGAGCACGUUGAAAUAGCAUGUUCCACUCGUCUACAAAAUCAAGGUGGGAUGUACCUUUAUCACACCUAUCACAAAACCCGGGAGGUGUUCUAUCUCACUCCAGGGAUGAAGUGCACUCCCAAGUUACCCUUUGGUAACAGGAUAAAGGUUAGGGGCUUAUUUGCCAACCUGCACGCCACAGUAAGCAACCUCACUGUUAAUGACACUGGAGUUUUCUGGUGCCAGUAUGUGAGAUUUGAUAAAGCAAAACAAUAUCCAUCUGAAAGCAACAACAACCCAACACAACAACUGCUGGUGGUUGAUGGGCUGGAGAAGGAGUGUCCCACUACUGCACCAGUGACUGAGGCCAGUGAGGAGCCCAUCCAGAUGUCCACACUGCUGCUGGUGUCGGCCAUCACGGCCUGCUCCCUGUUUCUGCUCGUCCUCAUCAUCCUGCUCAUCUGUGUGAAGAGGUGCUGUGCGGAGAGUGGAAAGUUCAAGCCUCGUCCACAGUCUGAUUCUGGACUCCCAGCUCAUCGCUCGGACUCUGUUUAUGAGCAGAUGAGACCACAGAGGGCCACGUCUCACUCCUCUGGCCGAGUGCUGCUCAACCCUGCCUACAUGCACUCCCCAAACUACGCCUAGUCUGCCACCUACACUCAGAAAAGCCACCACUGGUAUACCAGCAGCUUUGAUUUGACCAGUUUUAGCUUGUUUUGGUAUCAGAGGUGUUUUAGCUUUUUAUCAUUGUAUAAAAGAUAAUAAUGCAAACCUUCUACAGGUUUAUAAAAAAAAACCUUAGACUAAAUGUCCACCUUGUGUUUUGUCAAGAUGUGUCUUUAUCAUUCUAAAUAUUAAUUUCUAUAUGCCGCCGUCAAGUAGCACAUCAUGUACUGUAUGCAGUACUGUAACUGUUGAGGUUUAACUGACACCCUCCUCUGAACGUUGAUUUAUGCUAAGUAUUGGAUGUACUGUACAUGAUUAUGAAUACAAGAUAUUGCAUGUAUUUUGAUCAAAUAAAUAAAAAUGUUUUUCACUGA